AAGAGUGUUCAGUUUAAAUGCUUGAAACUUGUGACUAGUAAAAUGUCUGCUUUUGAAUGAUUUUAAAGUCAAUUUUUUCAAUAGUUUCGGUGACAUAGCUUCGUUAAAGUUUGAAAUGCGAGAAAAUCAGUUUUUCGAUUGAGAUUGAGAUAAACAAAAAAGUAUUGAAAAAGCAUUUGUGCGAUACGUGAAAAAAAACAACAGAUUUCUCGGAUUGCGCUUAGAAAUUGCAAAGUUCCAUGCAAUUAUCGAAAAAUUUUGUGAAAUCAGUGAUCCUAUGGAAGUGUUUUUUCUACUCUGACUCUGUUGUUCAAUCUUUUUUGGGAUCUUCUUCAGUUUUAGCUCUCUAGAUAGUUUAGUAGUUGAAAAUUUGACGUCAUCAAAUCAUUCAUAACAUUCAAAAGUUUUAGAAGAGAUAGAACAGAACGAAGUAACAAGAAAAAGUUUGAUCUGUCUCAUUUUAAAUCGUGUUUUGCUUUGUGAAAAAAGAUCGAUGCACUCAAAAUGGAUCGAUUAAGUGCCUGCUUAAAUUGGAAAGUUGUCGGAGUAACAGUUGGUUACAUUGGUAUCGCAAUAAAUGUUGGAUUGGCAACAUUUUUCGUUGCUUUGUUCUUGUUGAUAGAUGGCGAAGUUUUUCUCAUUUUUACGCUGUUCAUAUUUUUUUUGAAUCUGCUAGCUAGUAUCGUUUGGCUGCGUGGGAUAUUCAAGAAGAAGAAAAAUUUGAUGCGUGUCUCAUUAAUCUGGUGGGGAUUUAUAUUGACAAUUUGGGGCGGUUUCAUGUUGUUCGUCAUACUCGAAGGAAUAUUCGGAAUGGUCGAUGGAAGACAACCCUUCUUGUUUCAUGACUAUUUAAUCUUUGCACUGACAGCAUUUUGUUUAGCCGUUUAUUUCAUCGCUAUUUGGAGCUAUGAACCGAUCAAAGAGAGUUUCAAAAGAAACCAACCCGAAGCAGAGCGGUUUGAUGUAGAACUAUCUUUAGCAACUCGAUCCGUAAACAAAGACGAAAAUAGACUAGUGCAAAGGUGUGGUUGUGGACCAAAUUGUGACUGUUGCAAAGCGUAAAAUUGACGAUUAACUUAAGUUAUAGGAAAAAUGACCUAAGUUAAAUGACAUUAUCUGAAUGAAUCUUAAACGUUUUGAAAUAUCGAAACGUCGUACUGAUUGUAAUGAGAAAAAUGUAUGACAUUCGAUAAAAAAAAAGCAGAAAAAAUACAAAU